AUGCGAGAAUUCUAUGAUUGUGUUCAAGAGGCAGAAUUGAUCGAUGUUAAGAGUCAUGGGUUACGUUAUACUUGGAAUCAAAAACCAAAGAAUGGGGUAGGAAUGCUAAAGAAGAUUGACCGUAUUAUGGGUAACAUCAAACCCUUAGAUGUUUUCUCGGAUGCUUAUGCUAUGUUUCUGCCUUUCCGUGUUUCAGAUCAUGCUCCUGCUAUCUUGAAAUUAUUUUCUAUGUCUACGGACCGGCCUAAACCUUUUAAAUUCCCAAACUUUAUUGUGACAAAGCCUGAGUUCCGUCAAGCUGUGAUGUCCGAAUGGACUAAAACCGUGGAGGGUGCUACCAUGUUUUCUGUGGUUAAGAAAAUGAAGGGCCUGAAAUCACAUUUUAGGAGGAUAUUGCAUAAUCAAGGUAAUCUCCAUAAAAGAGUUACUGACUUACGGAAUGAGCUGGACCAGAUUCAAAAACAGGUGGAAGCUCAUCCUUUUGAUGCUGCUAUUCAGUCAUCUGAGACUAUCUGUUUGCGAGACUUCAAGUCAGCGGUUUAUGAUGAGGAGUGUUUCUUGAAACAAAAAUCUAAAUAUGAGGGAGUUGAUGUCGCGGCUGCUUUACUAAACCAUUAUUCAGCUUUCAUGGGCACCGAAGAUAAAGUGGCUAGGUUGGAUGAUGCAGAUUUAUUUGUUAAUGUUUUGCAGCAGAAUGUGGCGGAGACUAUGGUGAGACAGGUUACCGAUGAUGAAGUUAAACAGGCUAUGUUCAGUAUAAGUGAGAAUAAGGCUCCAGGUCUGGACGGAUACACUUCAGCGUUUUUUAAAAAUGCCUGGGAUGUUGUGGGCGGUGAAGUUACAAAGGCGGAGUGUGAUUUCUUUAAUAACGGGCAAAUUCUUAAGCAGAUUAACCAUACGAUUUUAGCGUUGGUGCCAAAGAUGGAUACUCCAAAUACAGUUCUUGACUACAGGCCAAUAUCAUGUUCUAAUGUGAUAUAUAAGUGUAUCAGCAAAAUAAUCACAAAUCGUGUGAAGGGGUGUUUGGGGACUCUAGUGAACAUUAACCAGUCGGCGUUUGUUCCUGGUAGAAAGAUAUCUGAUAAUAUUCUUAUUACGCAGGAGCUUAUGCAUAAUUAUCAUGUGGAUCGUGGUCCUCCGAGGUGUGCUUUGAAGAUUGACAUCCAAAAAGCUUAUGAUACUGUAAGCUAG